UCUGGAAAGCAAAAGAAAAGAGAGGACACCAAGAUAUAUUGUGUAACAUCAUCUCCAUUAAUUAUCCAUUCUCGUCGAUUUUUCUUUUUUCAUUUUUUGUUUCCUAAAAAUUUGAAGAUAGGCUUGGAAAUGUUUUUACCAGAAGACUGUGUAUCCACAAUUCUAUCUCUCACUUCUCCACAAGACGCAUGCAGAUCUUCUCUGGUUUCAUCAACGUUCAACUCAGCAGCAGAAUCCGAUGUCGUUUGGGAGAAAUUUUUGCCGUCGGAUUAUCAGGAACUACUCUUGAGAUUGGUCAACGACAACCCAUUAAAGCACCCAACCAAGAAAGAGCUUUUCUUUCAUCUCUGCAAUCCUGUCCUCAUUGAUGGCGGUAGAAAGAGCUUCAAAAUAGAGAGAGCGUCAGGCAAGAAAUCCUAUCUAUUAUCUGCAAGGGAGCUAUCUAUAACAUGGAGCGAUGAACCAAUGUAUUGGAGCUGGAAACAUAUGACUGACUCAAGGUUUGCUGAGGUGGUUGAGCUCAUUACAAUCUCUUGGUUAGAAAUCCAUGGCAAGAUUCGAACUCAGAGCCUUUCCAAGAACACAGCAUACUCUGCUUAUCUCGUACUGAACAUUUCCAACCGGGCAUACGGGCUCGAUAUGGCGCCGUUCGAGACAUCAGUCAAAGUGGGAAACCAAGUUUCUUAUGGCACAGCUUGUGUAUGCAGACAUGAUGAGAAGAAGCAACAAAAUGUGGAUUCUGAUCAAACAAUGAAAGCAAAGGUGUUCCCCGGGAAUGAACCGAUCCCGAGUGAAAGAAACUGCGGUUGGACGGAGAUCAAGCUAGGAGAGUUCUUCACCGGUGAAGAGGAUGAAGAGGUGAACAUUAAUUUGAUGGAGACAAAGGGUAUUCAUUUGAAAGCAGGGCUUGUUAUUGAAGGCAUUGAAGUGAGGCCUAAGGACUAACAAUAUAUUUGUUUUUUGUUUUUUGUUUUUUUUUUUUUGGUGCUUGUAAAAAAGAGGAAAGAUAUAAAGUUGUAUGUUUCUUUUCCACUUUAAUGUGUGCAGGUUCCAGUAUUGAUUCUUUCAUUGUUUUGUAUUUCAAAGUUAAAGGAAAAGAUAAAUAGAGGAAAA